AUGUCUCCUGAUCUAUUCAAACGUAUACUAUGCAAAACUAUUUUAUCUUAUUGUCAUCAAAUUCGACAAUGGUUAACAAAUGCUGAAAUUUUACAAUUCAUUCAACACCAUGCUCAAUUAAUGUGUACUAUCUUUCAAUUGCAGAUGGACAAUGAUUAUUGGAAACAUGCAAUUAAUGUUGCUCUACCUGUUAUCAAUUGGCUAUCACGAAUGUCUAAAGAUAUUACGAAACGAAAUUUUAUUAAUUGGAAUUAUCCUCGAACUGAAAAGAAUAUCAAACAUCGACAAAAAAAACAUCGAAAAUAA